AUGGAGACCAUGAAGCAGAAGAUCGCAGCUUUGGGGAGCCGAAUGCGAAGAUACCAUAAGAGAACUCAGAGACACCGGGAAAAUAACCUUUUCACGAAUAACCAGAAAGAGUUCUUCAGGAGCCUCGAUGAACAACAAAAACAUCCCGAAGAUAUCCCUCCGAAACCAACAGAGAUGCAAGAGUACUGGUCGAAUAUAUGGUCACGAAGCGAAGUGCACAAUAAGGAUGCACCGUGGAUAAAAACUCUAAUCGAAGAACAAACUGAUCUAGAAGAAAUGGCACCAAUAACAAUAACUACAGAAGACGUCAAUAACACUAUCCGCAGAAUGAAAAACUGGACCACCCCGGGCGUUGACAACAUACAUAACUAUUGGUGGAAGUCCCUCAAGUCAACACAUAAAGUGUUGGCCAGACUUUUUCAAGAGUCGCUGCAAAGUCCGGAGAGCAUCCCAAAAUAUUUCACCCAAGGUGCGACCUGCAUGCUUCCCAAAACAGAAAAAUUGUCUGACCCCAAGAACUACAGACCAAUCACGUGUCUUCCAUCAGCGUACAAGAUUUUAACAUCUACAAUAGGUUUCAAAAUAGUCACACACUUAAAGAACAACAAACUACUAGCCUGGGAACAGAAUGGCUGCAACAAAAACGGCAGAGGAGCUAAGGAACUUCUUGUUAUAGACAAUGCGAUCACGAAACAGGCAAGGAAAAGGUUGAAAAACCUAUCCAUGGCUUGGAUAGACUACCGCAAGGCUUUCGAUUCCGUCCCUCACACCUGGCUACUCCAAGUGCUUCAAAUAUAUAAAAUCAACCCUCGAGCAAUCCAACUACUGAAACACCUUAUGACCACGUGGCGCACAAAGCUGACAGUUAAACACGAAACCUUGUCCUACCAAACUGGUGAAAUCAGGAUAGCAAGAGGGAUUUUUCAGGGUGACAGCUUCAGUCCCUCAUGGUUCUGUGCAGCCAUGAACCCCAUCAGUAGUAUGCUGAACAGAUCAGCAUACGGUUACGCCAUUGAUAGUAACACUAUCCUUUCACAUUUGUUCUACGUGGACGACUUAAAGCUCUUCGCCAGAGGACGAAAACAGUUGGAGGGAGAACUAGAGCUGGUAAGGAAGUUUAGCGGCGAUAUCGGUAUGUCGUUGGGGUUGGAGAAAUGUGCAGUUGUGGAAGUCAAGAGAGGAAAGCUGGUUAGACAACAAAACAUCAAACUGGGAGAUGGUCGGGAAAUAAGAAGUUUAGGAGUUGAGGACAGCUACAAAUACUUGGGCAUCCAACAAACUUAUGAAAUACGUCAGCAAGAAAAUAAACGUGAAACCGAAAGUGAACUCCUCAGAAGAACGCGGAAAAUACUCGGGACACAGCUGUCGGCAAAGAACAUUAUAACGGCAAUCAACAUGUGGGCCGUACCAGCGUUCACUUAUACCGCUGGUGUGCUGUCAUGGUCAAAAACAGAUUUACAAAGAAUUGACCAAAAGAUUAGAACAACACUCACCAAACAUGGCUUGCUCCACCCUAAUUCAGCCGUGGAAAGAAUAUACCUACCUCGAAGAACGGGCGGACGUGGAUUGAGCAGUCUUGAAGAUACCUGUCAGAGAGAAGAGAGGAACAUUAUAGACUAUUUUCGCAAGAGAAAUAACCCUGUACACCAAUGGGUGGCUACUUACCAGCAAACAUCCAAUAGAGCAGGAACAUCGCCACCGGUAGAACCUGAAAUGGAAAAUAGGUUAGAAAGGCUAAAACAGAGCUGGCAGUCUAAAUCACUUCAUGGCAGAUUCUAUGCCAGCCUGCAACAGGAAGAAGUGGACAGAACAAAAUCACAUACUUACCUCAUGCAAGGCUAUUUAUACCCACAAACCGAAGGAACAUUAAUGGCGAUUCAAGACCAGGUAGUGCCAACUAGAGUGUACGCGAAACACAUAAUGAAAUUGCAGGUUGAAACAACUAAAUGCCGCCUCUGCAACAUUGCUGAAGAAACAAUUCAGCAUCUCUCUUCAGGAUGCUCACAAAUAGCUGGUACAAAAUACCUGACCCGGCAUAACGAUAUGGGGAAGGUAGUGCACCAACUUAUAUGUCUCCGAGAAGAACUACUACCGCACUUCACCCCUCACCACUUGUAUAGCCCACAGGCGGUACUAGAGAAUGACCAAACGAAGAUCUACUGGGAUCUGACCGUGGUGACUGACAGGGGUGCGGAACACAACAGGCCAGACAUGGUGGUGUGGAAUAAGACCAAGAAAACCGCACAUAUCAUCGAUUUUUCGGUGCCCCUGGAUAAUAACUUGUCUAAGGCAUAUGGGGAGAAGAUCACCAAAUAUAACGUCCUCGCUCGUCAGAUCAGAGACAUGUGGAAGUUGAAGUCGGUCACAAUACUUCCCUUGAUCAUAAGCGCCAAUGGGCUGGUCCACCGAAAAAGUUCCGCACAUAUAGAAGAACUUGACCUGCCUCCAAACACCAUAGCAUGGAUGCAGAAGGCCGUAAUACUGGGAACGGUUGGCAUAAUCCGACAGGUUAUAUAUCCUUAUUAG